AACAACAUGUCUUUUCCUUCGUGGCUAACUACCCCAUCAUGUUCCCCUUUGAUUAUAGAUUCAUCUUCACCUUCUUCACAACUCUUAGUUCAGUGGUUAAGGUUUAUCUUCCUAUCUCCAUGUCCUCAGAGAGUUCUUCUUUCUGCUGUUGAUAUCUUCUUCUUGCUCUCCCUUCUAGCCUUUGCAGCUUACAAUCUAUAUUCUCGAUUCAGUUCCAAUGCUAACUCUGGUUCCUCCAUCUCUAAACCCCUUUUGCAAGAGAAGGACUCUGACUACAAAGUUACCUUGUGGUUCAAACUACCCUUGUCGGUAACGAUUCUGUUGGCUAUAGCUUACACGGUUCUAAGUGUCUUGGCUUUCACUCAAAGUAACCUUGCAUCAUGGAAACGGAUAGAGGCACUGUUUCGCUUUUCUCAUGCAAUAGUCAACGUAGUGAUUGUGAUACUAAUGCUGCAUGAGAAGAAGUUCAAAGCUUCUAAGCACCCUUUGUCGCUUAGAAUAUACUGGAUAGCAAACUUGGUGAUUGCUUGCUUGUUUGCUACUUCAGCCAUUGUUCGAUUGGUAACUGUUGAUGAACAUAGGUUGGAUCUUAAUUUGAGAAUUGAUGACAUAUUCUCGUUGGUUAAUCUUCCAUUAUCUAUGUUCCUUUUCAUAAUAGCCAUCAAAGGGUCAUCAGGGAUUCGUGUAAUCAGAAUAUGUGAUACAGUUGAGAGCUCAAGAACAUAUCAAAGGCUUUCCAUGGAUAGGACUUUGAGUCCUUAUGCUUAUGCUUCCUUGUUAUCCAAAACAGUGUGGCUUUGGAUGAAUCCUCUUCUCAAUAAAGGGUACAAAACACCCCUCAAACUUGAAGAUGUUCCAUCACUUCCUCUUGAAUUCCGAGCAGAAAAGAUGUCAGAGCUCUUCCAGAGCAAUUGGCCAAAGCCAGAGGAAAACAGCAAGCACCCAGUUGGAGUUACCUUGUUUAGGUGCUUCUGGAAACACAUAGCUUUCACUGGCUUCCUUGCAGUUAUUCGACUUGCGGUUAUGUAUAUUGGUCCAAUGCUCAUCCAGAGUUUUGUUGACUUCACCUCAAGAAAGGAUAGCACUCCCUCUGAAGGUCUUGUUUUGAUACUGAUCCUGCUUGCAGCAAAAUCAGUUGAAGUCCUCAGUGUUCACCAAUUCAAUUUCCACUCUCAGAAACUAGGCAUGCUGAUUCGUUCCAGCAUCAUCACUUCUGUGUACAAGAAGGGCUUGAAAUUGUCAAGUUCUUCUAGACAAGCUCAUGGGACAGGCCAGGUUGUGAAUCACAUGGCUGUUGAUGCUCAACAACUCUCAGAUUUGAUGUUGCAGCUUCACCCUAUAUGGUUGAUGCCAUUACAAGUUGCUGCUGCAUUGGCACUCAUCUAUUACUAUGUUGGUUGGUCUGUGCUUGCAGCACUGCUUGGAACUACCAUAGUGUUUAUCUUCACUUUGUUUCGCACCAAGAGUAGCAACAGUUUCCAGUUCAGGAUAAUGAUGAACCGUGAUUUGAGGAUGAAAGCAACCAAUGAGUUGCUUAACAACAUGCGUGUCAUUAAGUUCCAAGCAUGGGAGGAGUAUUUUGGUAACAAAAUUCGACAGUUUAGAGAAGCUGAGCAUGGUUGGAUUGGGAAAUUCUUGUACUAUUUUGCUAUUAACAUGGGAGUUCUGUCCACUGCUCCACUCAUGGUAACUGUUCUCACCUUUGGAACUGCAACUUUUCUUGGCAUUCCUCUGAAUGCUGGCACUGUGUUCACAAUAACUUCAGUGAUCAAGAUAUUGCAAGAGCCAGUGAGGACCUUCCCACAAGCUCUUAUAUUGAUUUCUCAAGCAAUGAUCUCCCUGGGGAGGUUGGAUGAGUUCAUGACUAGUAAGGAAAUGGAUGAGAAUGCAGUGACUAGAGAGGACAACCGUGACAGUGCCAUAGCUGUGGAGAUAAAAGAUGGGAAAUUCUCUUGGGAUGAUGAGGAUGGGAAUGAGGCUCUGAAAGUUGAAGAGUUGGAAAUUAAGAAAGGGGACCAUGCUGCAGUUGUAGGCACUGUUGGGUCAGGCAAGUCUUCUUUAUUGGCUUCUGUGUUAGGGGAAAUGUUCAAGAUCUCAGGAAAGGUCAGAGUUUGUGGGACAAUCGCCUAUGUAGCACAGACAUCAUGGAUUCAAAAUGCAACCAUUCAAGAAAACAUAUUGUUUGGUUUACCAAUGAACAGGGAGAAGUACAGGGAAGUAAUAAGAGUAUGCUGCCUGGAAAAGGAUCUUGAAAUGAUGGAAUAUGGAGACCAAACUGAGAUUGGGGAACGGGGUAUUAACCUCAGUGGUGGCCAGAAGCAACGUGUACAACUAGCUAGAGCUGUAUACCAAGACUGUGACAUCUAUCUCCUUGAUGAUGUAUUCAGUGCUGUUGAUGCCCAAACAGGAUCAUUUAUAUUUAAGGAAUGUAUCAUGGGAGCUCUCAAAGAUAAGACCAUUUUACUUGUAACUCACCAAGUUGACUUCUUGCAUAAUGUUGACUCUAUAAUGGUGAUGCGAGAUGGGAGAAUCGUGCAAAGUGGAAAGUAUGAUGAACUUCUCAAUGCUGGCCUUGAUUUUGGUGCACUUGUGGCUGCUCAUGAAUCAUCUAUGGAGAUUGCAGAAACGAGUGACAAAGGUGUUGGUGAUGAUUCUGGCCAGUCUCCAAAAUUGGCUCGUUUCCCUUCAAAGGAAAAGGAAAACAUAGGCGAAAAGCAGCCUCAAGAUCAAUCUAAAUCUGAUAAGGCUUCAUCAAAGCUCAUUGAAGAUGAGGAAAGAGAAACUGGCCGUGUGAACCUCAAAGUAUAUAAACAUUAUUUCACUGAAGCAUUUGGGUGGUGGGGAAUAGCACUCAUGCUGGCAAUGUCUCUAGCAUGGAUUAUAUCUUUUUUGGCUGGUGACUACUGGCUAGCAAUUGCAACUUCAGAAGAUUCUGCAAUUCCUUCUUUCACGUUCAUUAUUGUCUAUGCUAUCAUAGCAGCUAUUGCAUGUGUUGUGGUGAUGGUCCGAGCAAUCUUAUUUACAUAUUGGGGUCUAAAGACAUCCCAAAGCUUCUUCACUGGAAUGCUUCAUAGCAUCUUGCGUGCACCAAUGUCAUUCUUUGACACCACUCCUUCUGGCAGAAUAUUGAGUCGUGUAUCUACUGAUUUACUUUGGGUUGAUAUAUCAAUUCCAAUGUUAGUAAGUUUCGUCAUGGUUGCAUACUUCUCACUAGCCAGCAUCCUUAUUGUCACAUGCCAAAAUGCUUGGGAAACGGUCUUCCUAUUAAUUCCACUGUUUUGGCUGAAUAAUUGGUAUCGGAAAUAUUACCUUGCAUCUUCUAGGGAAUUGACUCGCCUUGAUUCUAUCACAAAAGCUCCUGUGAUUCAUCACUUUUCAGAGACUAUUUCUGGUGUUAUGACAAUCCGUGGCUUCAGAAAGCAGGGUGCAUUUUGUCAGGAGAAUAUUGACAGGGUCAAUGCAAGUCUUAGAAUGGAUUUCCACAAUAAUGGAGCCAAUGAAUGGCUUGGUUUUCGCCUGGACUUUAUCGGAGUGGUUUUCCUUUGCGUUGCCACUGUUUUUAUGAUCUUUUUGCCAAGUGCUAUUGUUAGGCCAGAAUAUGUUGGUUUGUCUCUGUCCUAUGGUCUGGCUCUCAGUGGUCUCUUGUCAUUUACCAUAACCAUGACUUGUUCUGUUGAGAACAAAAUGGUUUCAGUUGAGAGAAUAAAGCAGUUUACCAACCUUCCAUCAGAAGCUCCAUGGAAAAUUGCUGAUAAGUCUCCUCCUCAGAAUUGGCCCAACCAAGGCAAUAUCGAGUUAAAUAAUUUGCAGGUUCGGUAUAGGCCAAAUACUCCUCUAGUUCUUAAGGGAAUAUCUCUCAACAUUAAAGGAGGAGAAAAGAUUGGUGUUGUUGGCCGUACAGGGAGUGGGAAAUCAACCCUCAUCCAGGUUCUAUUUAGGUUGAUUGAGCCUUCAGCUGGGAAAAUAAUCAUUGAUGGGAUCAACAUUUGCACUGUGGGCCUUCAUGAUUUGAGGUCUCGAUUUGGAAUUAUUCCACAAGAACCUGUCCUCUUUCAAGGAACAGUAAGAAGCAACAUUGACCCCCUUGGAUUGUAUUCAGAAGAUGAAAUCUGGAAGAGCCUUGAACGCUGCCAACUGAAAGAAGUGGUGGCUGCAAAGCCUGAGAAACUUGAGGCUUCAGUGGUUGAUGGUGGAGACAAUUGGAGUGUGGGACAAAGGCAGCUACUCUGCUUGGGAAGGAUCAUGCUAAAAAGCACCAAAAUACUAUUCAUGGAUGAGGCAACAGCAUCUGUUGAUUCGCAAACUGAUGCUGUGAUACAAAAGAUCAUCAGAGAGGACUUUGCAGAUCGCACAAUUAUCAGUAUUGCUCACAGAAUACCAACAGUCAUGGAUUGUGACAAAGUUUUGGUCAUAGAUGCAGGUUUUGCAAAGGAAUUUGACAAGCCAUCACGUUUGCUUGAAAGGCAUUCGCUAUUUGGUGCAUUGGUUAAGGAGUAUUCCAAUAGAUCUGCUUAACUUGGCUCAUUGCUACUGGCUUUGAUUCUAACCGAG